AUGACCAAAUCAUCAAAUAAUCAAGCUCAAAGAAGAAGACAUACAAAUUCAAAAUUAGGUUGUUUAAAUUGUAAACGUAAAAAAAUAAGAUGUGAUGAAAAUUUACCAAAUUGUAAAAAUUGUUUAAAAAGUAAAAAAGAUUCAUGUUCAUAUUUAAAAUUAUCAAUUGAAGAAAUUGAAAAAAUUAAAAUAACUCAUUCUUUAAGAAAUAGUCAAAAUAAAUUAUUAAAUUCAAAUUAUAGAUUACCUGCUAAUAGAGUUAUAAAACAACAUCCAAAUAAAUUAUUAUUAUCAUCUGAACCAACAUUAAACCAUGUAAAUAAAGGAGAAAGUGUUUUAGAAUUUAAAUAUGAAUUAUCUAAUUUACCUAUAAUUAUACCAAAUAUAAAUUAUCCUCCAUUACAAUAUAAUAAUUUAUCAAUGCAAAAUUUUAAUAAAGAAUUUAAAAUUAUAAAUGAUUUUGAAAUUGAAAAUGAUAGCAACAGUAAUAAAAAUAUAUUACCAAAAGGUUUUGAACAUCAAGUUAAAUUUAAAAUUAUGAAUAAAAAACAAUUUAAAAGAAAAAUUAAAAAAUAUGAUUUAGAUUUUAAAAGACAUCUUGUUAUUGGAGAAAGUGAUUUAAUAGAUUUUAUAAGUGAUGAAUUAUUAUUUAAUAAUAAUAUAACAAUUUUAAGUGAAUCUAUUCAAUUAUUAGGUGAAUCAAUAAUAGUCAAUCAUUUCAAACAUUCAAAACAUGAUUAUAAAAUUAAAAGAGAUAAUCAUAUAGCAAACUUAUAUCAUCAAUGUAGAUCAAUUUUAAAUUCAAGAAUUUCAAACAAGAAUAAAGAAACUAUAACAUAUUUAACAGCAUAUACAUUAUUUUUUACAAAUAUAAUGAUGAAAGGUUCAUAUAAUUCAUAUAUAAAUUCAUUUAAUUCAAUAUUUGAAUCAUUUAAAUUAGUUUAUGAAACAAAUAAUGAAUUAAUUGAAUUUUUAAGAAAAGUUUUACAAUUUAAUGUUAUAAGUAUUCAUAUACCAUCAUAUAAUCCUCAAUUUUUAUUUGAAAUUGAAUCAAAUUUAAGAAGUUUAGAAUUUAUUUUUAAUUCUUCAAAACAUCAAUCAAUAAAUUUUUCACCUAAAACAAAAUUAAAAUUUGAAAAUUUAAAUUUACAAUAUUCAAAUCUUAUGAAAUUUUUAAAUUUAAAAGUUUUAAAAAAUAUUUUUAGUGCAAGAGAUGAAAAUUUAGUAACUACAUAUCCUUCAAAUUUAAUUUAUGAAAUUUCAAAAGAAUGGAAUUGUAUAUGUCCAUCAUUUGCAAUGAAUUAUAGAUUUAAAAUUGAUAAUUCAAAUUAUGAUGAAUCAAUUUUUAUAAAAGAUUUAUCAACAACAUUAUAUACAUAUUAUUUAGCAAUUGCAUCAGCAUUAGAUGCUGUUUUUCCAGCUUGUAAAUAUUUAUUUAGUUCAAAUUUUAUAUUACCAACAAAUGGAAGUUUUGAAAAUAAAGAAAUUUUAACAAUAUCAAAAUAUAAUCCUUUUAUUAAUAAGUUUUUCAAUUAUGAAAUUUUACAACGUCAUAUUUUGUAUAGUUCAAGAUUAUAUUCAUUUUUCAGAAAAAGAUUUGUAUUUUAUCAUAAUAAUAUAAAUUGGAAAAAUUAUUAUAAUAAUAUAAAAGAUUAUAAAUUUAAUACAAGAAAAAUUAUAAAUGUUAAAGAAAUUCCAAUAAAUAGUUUUAAUACAACAAUUAUAAGACCAGAACAUUAUCCAACAACAACAACAACAACCACCGAAACAACAACAACAAACAAUACCAAUUCUCCAUUUUUAAAAUAUGUAUCAUUCAAUAGAAAUGAUGAAUCAAUUUUAAAAAACAUAUAUUCAAGAAAUAUAGAAACUUUAAAUAUUUUUAAUAUCAGCAGUAAUAAUAUUUUACAAUAUGAUUAUAAAACAAAAUUAUUAUUAAAAGAUUAUAGAUUAAUUGAUGAUGAAAUUAAUGUUUUAGAUUUAAAUUUAAAAUUAGGGGAUUUAAUUGAUUAUUGUAUUGAUAAAAUUUUUUUAUUAAAUAGUUGUAAUGAAUAG